AUGUACAACCAUCCAACAAUGGAACCAAAACCCCUCCGAAGAGAAUACGCAGAUAUGUCGAACGAAAUGAUUGAAGUGAUUGCUACGGAUGAUUUGCUUGCGGAAGCCGUGGAAGAAGUCGGCGAUUUAGCGGCGGAGGGGCGAGAAUACGUGUACCAGUACGACAAUAUGGUCCAUACCCAACAUGACCAGAACGUUAUCUUCCAGCUCUAUCAACCAUUGGAAACGGUUAAUGGCACAUUUUUGUGUAGAAUUUGCAUGGAGCUUGGAGAGACGAUAGAAUUCGAAACCAAAGCAGACUAUGCUCAUCAUCGUUACAAAGUCCAUGGAUCAUAUAAUCUUCCAUCAGGCCAGACUGAACGCAAUUUCAUUCAGAUUCCGCAUUCACAAGAAUGCCCAUUGAAAUGCAUUUCCGAACGUUUGCUAAUAUCGGCGAGUUUGAAGCAUAAGUUACCCCAUGUUCGGAUGAUGAAGGAGGGAGCACAAUGUCCUGCUCACAUCUCUUUCAGGAUCGACCCAAAGACAGGUCAUGUGGAUGCGUUCUAUCAACUGUUCCAUUAUGGCCACGCCCGUGAAUACCGUGAUUCUAAUGAGGAUGGGUCUGAGUUUGACUGUGAUUCGAUGCCGAAUCGGCCCAUUGAUGUGGUCUUCCCCGAGUCGCCCGAUCAUCCUGCUGACCGGCCAAUGCAAUAUGUUCAGAUUGAUUUACUGAGUGCUGACAGCUGUGUCUAUGUGAAUACCAUAUAUUCGCAUAUCUUAAUAAUUACUGAUAUAAAGACUGGAUUCAUAUUCGCGAAGCCAAUUCCGGAAGCUGGACCACGGCAAUUGCUUAUUCGAAUCUUAACAGAUAUAUUUCUUCAAUUUGGAGUUCCUGAAGGCUUCAGCUGCAGUCAUUCUGUGACGUUAAUUCGAGACGUAAUCAGUGCUCUUAAUAAUAUAUUUCGGGUUAAUAUGAAGGAAAUCCUGUAUGACACCCCUGAUUACAACGUUUUCCUGGAAACCCUCUAUGAUCACGCCUCGUUUGAGCUUCAAAGUAAACACAGAUGGGUCGAGAUGGUUCAGUUCACUACGAUGAUCCUUAAUCAGUCAGGGAAAAAGUCCCCGUUUGAGCGCAUGUUCAACCGCAAGCCUUACAAUCUUUCCGGCCAAAAAAUUCCUCCCUGGUUACAAGGAGAGGAUAUCUCUGUUGACAGUGAGGACGAACAUAUAGACGUGGAGCUCGACGAACAGGAUGAAGAACCGACCACAAGCGAUGAUCGGUUCGCGUCGGCUCCACCGCGAUAUAAUGCCGGCGAUAAAGUUUAUAUGUUUCAAAUAGCUGUAAAUUUUCAUCUAAACGAAUCUUCGAGAAUUUCAUCUGAUAGGACGUUCCGCGAUGGAUUCAGGGCGGGGAGAAGUCCUCACCGUCGCUGCUGCGGAAUUUGGAUACCACACCUGGGCGAGGCAACGUGCUUCCUUAUUUGUAUGGAUAUAUUGGUGCAACUGACUGGGAAAAUAGUCCACAUUUUCCUUAUCGAGUCCACUUUUCGAAAAGCAAGACUCCAUUGGCCAUCUGAAAGCUCAGUAAGUGCCUGGGUCAGCCCUUAUGACGUACUUCCAACUACGCACGAUUUGCUUGUGAUUCCAGAAGAAGAACGUCAACGGGUCGCCUCUGCUUUGCUUUGUUCAUGUGAUGGAGGAGAAUACGGUACACCGUGCCCUCUAUUUCGUAGUUAUCUCUGCGGAAACGGCAUGGCAAAGGCGUGCUGUUUAAACAGUCGAAAGACAUGCGACUAUCAUUUAGAAUGCGCCGAUGGAGACGAUACCUACUACGUGAGUCGUUCGAACCUUCGGUUGAUGGACCUUCACUUUUCACAUCUUUCGAACGGAAUUGGAAUCACAACCAAACUAUGUAGUAGAGGGCAGCCAAGAGUGAAGAACUCAGCUAAACAAGUAUCUAUAAGGAAUGUUUUUAGGCGUAAGAUACCAUCCUUGGCACCUGAGAAUACCUCUACUACUACAAUUCGCGACGAUGCCGUUGAAAUGCCGGUGCUGACAAGCGAAAGCAUCCCGGUGGUGUCGACGAUAGUAAUUGAGAACGAGGAUCGAACGUUUAUCCCGGCAUUAUCAAAGAGAACCGACAGUGGCGCAAGUAGUGCAAAGGAGGUGGUGACUGGUCAUGUCAAAAGCCGUCCGAAGAAUUCGGAACCUUCAGAACUGACCUAUCGGGACAAACCGCCUCCACCAAAGAGGUCACGACGAACAACAGAGGCAGAAUCACCUGAGCAGAAGCCACUUCAGGCCUCCUUCGGAUUCCCAGCAAGAAGAUGUUACCACUAUUUCCAGAACAACCACAUAUGUCCUGUCUUACACUGCCGAGAAAUAUACGCAUCCAUGACGGUGCUAAGGAAACAUCUAGUUAUCGAUCACAAAAUGCCCAUUGAAAUGCAUUUCCGAACGUUUGCUAAUAUCGGCGAGUUUGAACGUUUUCGUCACUUGGUAGAGAUCCUGUGCAAUUGUCGCUUCAUGAUGCACACGAAGCAACCCCACAAUAAGCGACAGAUUAUGCAUUGCUCAAAAAGUGAACACAAAAUUAUCCUACAGUCGAGAAGGCAUAAGUUACCCCAUGUUCGGAUGAUGAAGGAGGGAGCACAAUGUCCUGCUCACAUCUCUUUCAGGAUCGACCCAAAGACAGGUCAUGUGGAUGCGUUCUAUCAACUGUUCCAUUAUGGCCACGCCCGUGAAUACCGUGAUUCUAAUGAGGAUGGGUCUGAGUUUGACUGUGAUUCGAUGGUUCGUUUUCUUGUUUAUUACAACAUCUCAUGA